GGGGUGGUAUGAAUCGAUGUAAAAUUUGCCUGAGCUAGACUAAAAAGUUAAUAUAUUCAAGCAUUUGUGUGGGAAAUAUUGUAUUUGCUAAGAAUGAAUUGCAGAAUAACAAAUACAACGAAAACGCCAUGACACAAACGCUGACAUUGGUAAUCUCUUUUCACCCGGACUACCUUUCUCCAAGAGCUGUCAGAGGCUUGUUGCACGUCAAGCCGUAGCGUUAGUGUAAAGUAACAGCAGGGGAAAUUAAAGUCGCAUUUGAUUUAGUUAAUUAAUUUUAUUUUACGCUACGGGAAUUGUCGAUUUUAGCCAGCCUUAAUGCAAUACGAACGAAUACGGUUUGCCAUGUUCACUUAGUUUAAGUAUUGUUUUUAGUGCCGCGGGCCCGAUUUGGCAUCUUGGUAGUGUGAAACUAGGAACAGAUCGUCGUGAUGAGGUCUCGGACAUAAAGUGCCUUGUCUGACAGCGCUCCUGCUCGAAGCAGCCGAGCGGUUGGCGCUUCGCCUCCACGCCCGUGUCCCGGCCCGACCCGCGACAGGAAGGGGAGACCUCAAGGCUCCACCCUCGGCCCGCUCUGCUUUUAUUUCGGGCCGGCCCCUGCUCUGGAGAGCACUUCAAUCGGGAAGCACAAAGGAGGCCGAGUGUUGGGGAGGCACAGAGCUUACGCGGUGCGGGCGAGCUCUACGCCCCGUCCCGCCGAACCUGAAGCAGCGGAGGAAGGGGCGGAGUCACUCGGGCCAUCUGCGGAAAGGGCACGCCCCUGAGCAUGCCCCUCUGCCCUCUCCCCCUCAGAGAUCUGCACCCUGGGAGGACUGAGUGAUCAACAACGGGACGAUUCGCUUUCUGAUUGGCCAGCCUCCUGCCCCCGCCCCUCCCCAUGGUGCCGUCGCACUGACAGGAGAGAUCCUGCAGAGAGACCUUCGCUUCGGCUUGGCCUUCCUCAGCUGGAUGUGUGGCGCCCCCUAGGCCUUGUGUGUGAGAAGCGCAGCCGAUAGCUCCACCCCCCUCCCCCUCUCCCCAGCGAAGCCUUCGGAGGCUCGGCUUCAGCAUGACACUGAACAUGUCCUCCAUACGGGACACAAAAUGGCUGACUUUGGAGGUGUGCCGGCAGUUCCAGAGAGGCACGUGCUCCCGCAGCGAUGAGGAAUGCAAAUUCGCACACCCGCCCAAGAGCUGCCAGGUGGAGAACGGCCGAGUCAUCGCCUGCUUCGACUCUCUGAAGGGCCGGUGCACGAGAGAAAACUGCAAGUACCUGCACCCCCCGGCCCAUCUGAAGACGCAGCUGGAGAUUAACGGCCGCAACAACCUGAUCCAGCAGAAGACUGCGGCCGCCAUGCUGGCGCAGCAGAUGCAGUUCAUGAUCCCUGGAACCAGCAUGCAGCCUGUGCCCUCCUUUCCUGUGACGCAGGGCCUGGGGACGAGCCCCGCCCUGGGCUACGCGCCGUACCUCACCCCCAUGACUCACGGGGUGGGCCUGGUCCCCACGGAGAUGCUCCCCAGCGCCCCCGUCAUGGUCCCCAGCAGCCCCCCGGUCACGGUGCAGGGGUCCUCCAACACGCAGAAGCUGCUGCGGACCGACAAGCUGGAGGUGUGUCGGGAGUUCCAGAGGGGUAACUGCGCUCGGGGGGAGACAGACUGCCGCUUUGCUCACCCUAGCGACAGCCCCAUGAUUGACACCAGUGACAACACGGUGACCGUCUGCAUGGACUACAUCAAGAGCCGCUGCUCCCGCGAGAAGUGCAAGUACUUCCACCCCCCUGCUCACCUACAGGCCAAAAUCAAAGCCGCGCAGCACCAGGCCAAUCAGACGGCUGUGGCAGCGCAGGCAGCCGCCGCAGCCAUGACUCAGUCGACUGCCAAAGCAAUGAAGCGACCCCUCGAGACAACUGUAGACCUGGCGUUCCCCCACGCUAUGCUGCAGCCUCUACCAAAGAGAGCGGCGCUGGAGAAGAGUAACGGCACCAGCGCUCUCUUCAGCCCCAGCAUGCUGCACUACCAGCAGGCCCUCGCCAACACACCCCUGCAGCAGCCUGCUGCCUUCUUCCCCACCGGCUCGGUCUUGUGCAUGACUCCUGCUACCAGCAUUGUCCCCAUGAUGUACAGUGCUACGCCUGCUACUGUCUCUGCAGCUACAACUCCUGCCACAAGUGUCCCCUACGCAGCAACAGCACCAGCCAAUCAGAUCAUCCUAAAGUAACCAACAGCACAGGGACCAACAGCGCGUGUCAAGAUGCUGCACUACGGAACCCGAAACGGCCCUUCUGUAAAUACUACCUGUCCCCUUCCCUAGAGCUACAACAACCUGCAUGCUAAUAGUUUAUCACCUGAGGAUGACUCAUUAACUAUAACACUGAGUGCUGGUGUAAUAUAUACAAAAUCUGUACAUGUAUUGCUAGGAAAAUACUGACAUGUAAUUUAACACUAUCAAAACAAGCAAGUAGAUACGUACACUCUAUAGGUGAAGGUGGAGAUGUCAUUUUUUUAUGAUUGUUUACCGAUGUUCUCUUAGCGUGGGUUAUUCUCAUUCUGUGUUUCCUGUUUUAAGACUCUGCACAAAGCUCACCGUAUGGGGGGGAAAACCUCAUUUGCACUGUCAGGAAAAGAGAAAUGAUGAUAAUGAUGGUGCUUGGUGUUAAGCGCUUGAUUUAAGUUUUUAGUUUUAAGAGGGGGGUCAAUGAGAAGUUUUCACAGCACUUGGAUUGUGAAUCAGGCCAAAUUGCUUGAUUUUUAUUUCUUAGGACAAAAAUAAAUAUAUAUACAUACAUGAAUGUCAUAACCGAUAACGCUGGGAUGUGGUGGGUGUGUUGGCUAUACUAUGGUUUCACCCGUACCCCCCUAAAGAUGGUACGACCCGACUCAGUGGGCGGGCCGUCUCAUGCGCACAUCCACUCUGCUUGUCAUCUGUCUGCCAAAUAAGACAAUUACAAUAGAGGAAACCUUUUAAAAUGGCCAAAGGGGUUUGAAAUGAGGGUUGCACAUAUAAUGGUAUGUUUCAUAAGCUGUGCCACAGUAGGAGACAUCCUCUGGAGCGGAGGUGGGCCUCUCCCAGUGCUGGCCAUCAGGGGGCGCCCUGGUUCCUUCAGAGCCGUGCCAAGGGUUUAGCAGAGCUGAUGCGCAGGAAAGAGACAGCCAGCCGCACCGGUCGGGUCCCAUGUCUGCAGGCAGACGGGACAGGAAACACUGGUGAAAGGCAUGCUGGGAUACCGACGGACCAGUGCAAAGGGGGGGUGGGUCGUGUUCAUGGUGUAGCUCUCUGGGGUGUGUGAUGGAGAGGGAGAAGAGUCCAGCCUCGUUAAAAGUGCAUUAGACGAUUCUCGUCAAACGGGACCGACUCACGGCAACUGCUGCUCCCCCUCCUCCGUAAUCCUGUCUGUCUUUAUUUGAGAAACUGUAGAAGUGCCUGAAAAUACACUUUUUCACAAGCGGCUUGAGUAGGCAACUGAAGAGAUAUAAAAGUUUUAAACAAGUCUCCCACCACCUCCGCUUUCAGCUAAACUUAAAGGGAGAGGGGAAAAGUGUCCACUCAGCUGGAAAGGUAAACUUUCACAGUGCUGCGAUGCACUUAAUGCCGGACCUGUGGAUUAUAGAGCGCCAACAAAACAGCACUACUCCCAACUUUCCAUAUUAAAACGAAUCAACACAGCUCGGUCAGAAUGUUCCAUAAAUUUCAGCAGUCUUUUUAAACAGUUAAGUUUGGAUAUAGUUUACAUUGGAAAGUGGGUGAUACUGAGUGAGAACUUGGGGGGGAAUGUGACAUGUUCGUUGUGCAUUUUCCUCUCAUCUUAAUAUUUGAAUUUAGUGUCGUGCAUUGUGUUUGAAAGGAGUCUCAAGUUGUUUUUCUAAGAUGGCCAUUAAGAUGUUUCAGCUGAGCACCGCUGUAGCCAGUCAGACUUCUGUCAUUGGGAGUGAUGUGCUCUUACACGUACUCACAUGUGUGUAACUAAUUCACCAUAACAUUACUUAAUAUGUUUUGUAAAAUAUUUGAAAGUUUGUUUUCAUUUGGAAUUGCGUUCAGUGGUGUUUGAGACUAAUCAUUACUUACUGCUUUCAUUUUCCCUUCCUGGUUUUUUGUACGUGUGUGUAUGCGUUGAAAACUUAAUCAGAAUCAUGAUGUAUUUUCAUGGUGCUUGAUUAAUACUGACAAUCCACAGUGACACUUCCUUUGUUCAGCAUGAAUAAAGCACUGUUCUUACUAUUUUCUUUUCUUUUUUUACACAGAAGUUAUAGUUUUAAUGUAAUUUUUGAUUUGCAAGGUGAUUGAAUAUAUUUUAUUGUCAUGAUUUAACUUUUUUUGUUUAAAUAUUAGUAAUAGAACAAUGUUGUAACCUAUUGUAUUUUCAAAUGAAUGUAAUUUAUUAAGCUUUGCUUUGACCUGAUGGAGGUUCAUCAAAAGGCCAGACAUGGCAGGUCGGCCAAUGAGAACCUAGGGGUGGCAAGGGGGCGGCAAACUGGGAACUGUUCCACCAAUGGCAAGCUCCCAGAUCUCUUUGUCAACUGUGUUGUCAUCGACACAGGAGAAGGCAUUGCAGUAUGAGCAAGUCUUUAGAAUUGCUUAUAUUAUUAAAAAGGUUUAUUGUAUAGGUAACAUUUUACCAAAAAAAAAAAAGACAUUUACUUUUCUCUGUAGUAUGGUAAUGUUUCAUAACAAUAAUAAGUUGUUGCUGUGGCAACCUAAAGUUGCAAUGACUAAAGUUAUGUAUUUUUGUAAAUGAUGUUAAUUGUUAAGUUGAUUUUUUUUUUCUUUUUCUAGAAUACUGUAUCACUCUAGAUUGUAAAACAGAUAUUGGAACAUUUCCUAUUUUAUGUCAAAAUAUAUAGUUAAUAUGUCUGCAGCAUUUAAGCAUCUUUGUAUCAGUGUACACCUGUGUUGAAGAAAUCAUAGGGAGGAGCUACCUAUUGUUUUAGUAUGAAAAUACAAAGUUAAGAAAAUUGUUCCAGCAAGAACAGAGCCCUUCAGUACAGACGUGAGCUCAUUCAGCAAAGUGAACUGACAAAAGGAGCUUUGGGUUUCAUCUAGACCAGUGGAAACUUCUGGAAGUUCUGAAAGUAGCGUGUGAUGGGUGAGUAGCAGAGUUUAGGAUUGCACUUUGUUUCCACAAGUGUAUAAUUCUUUUAUUUCUAAGAAAUGUGUAUUGUGUUAGGGUUAGGCAAAGUUGACAUCAGCGUUCAGACUCGUUGCUCACUGAACUGAGCCUGUUGGAGAAUUUAUGUUCAUUGGAGUGGACAUCUUGCACAAGAAGUUUUCACAGCAAACUGGGUGCACAUUUCAAAAAAGUUCUGCAAUAUGUAUCCAAUGUGUCUAGUGCAAAUGAGCAAAGAGACACAGUAACACAGAAAACAAAAUUCAUUUUAUCCUCAGCUGCAGUUUUUAGUACACAGGUUUUUGGUUUGUCCUUGUUUUAAAUCGAAUGAAUCUACAGUCCGAAUGUGUUGCCAAUUGCCUGAUGCGUGUUGUGCAUCUGAUUUGAUGGUAAAGGGGGUGAAUCCUCUCUUUCUAAGCAGACCAGGGUUAUAGGAAACUUUGCCUUACCUUUUAGUGUGCGUUGUUUUCCAGGUUGUGUGAUUUCUGGGCUCUUUUAAAUACGGCCGGUUGCAGUUGGUCUGCUGAAAUAAUGUUUCCAUCUCCUUUUCUUUCUUUAUUUGCCAAGUUUGUCACUACUGCCGUUUUCAUUGCGAGGCCAAUAUGGCAAGUAGUGCAGUGCAUGAUGGGUAGGCUGUGGUCUGUGUGCACCACACCGAACAGCCCCGUGCAUACUGUAACUGCUGCUGGUGUACCACCUGAAUCCAUCUCUGUUGCGGUAGUCCAUCUACAUUGGGGAUCAUAAAAAGAAGAAAGAAGCCCUUGUUGGAUUUUUAUUAGUUUUUAUGUAUCCAUUUAAAAUGUUUUAUUUGUGCAUAUAUAAUGUGCUAUCUUACGUUCUGUAGUCAGUUGUUUUGGUUCCUGAAAAAUGGUGUAAAACCUAUUGAGACAAAACAAAUAAAAUGAUAAUAAACA